UAAUACACUCAAAGAACGAACUCAGAAAAAAAAACUCUAUGGUUGUUCUGCAAGUUUAAAGCAAGGGUUUUCUCCUACAAACAAUUUUUUAACGCUGUUUCUUGUUAAAGAUUUUAUCGUAAUAGUGAUUGAUAUUACUAAAAAAAAUACAAUAGUAAUUUCUCGUAAAAAAAUAUAAUUUUCAUUGAUAGUUAAAUCGGAAUUUUGACAUUUUGUUGCUGUUCUAGUUACUCGUGCAAAUGGAUGAUUCUGUAACUUCACCAGGUCAUAAAAUGGCAGAUUCGGCGUCCGAAAGUGACUCCAGUUCACUUGACGGUGGCGCAAUGCUUCCUCCGAGUACUGUUUCUCGUGAUCAACUACAGAAAAGAAUUGAAUCUCUACAGCAACAAAAUAGAGUUUUGAAAGUGGAGUUAGAUACUUACAAACUUCGUGUGAAAGCUUUGCAAGAAGAAAACCGGUCUUUGAGACAAGCAUCAGUUUCAAUUCAAGCAAAAGCUGAACAAGAGGAAGAAUAUAUAUCUAAUACAUUGCUGAAAAAAAUACAGGCUUUAAAGAAAGAAAAAGAGACAUUAGCACAUCACUAUGAGCGUGAAGAGGAAUGCCUUACUAAUGAUUUAUCAAGAAAAUUAAAUCAGUUGAGACAAGAAAAGUGUCGUCUUGAACAAACAUUGGAACAAGAGCAGGAAUGUUUGGUAAAUAAAUUGAUGAGAAAAAUAGAAAAACUUGAGGCUGAGACUCUUGCAAAGCAAACGAAUUUGGAAAGACUGCGUAGAGAAAAGGUUGAAUUAGAGAAUACAUUAGAACAAGAGCAAGAAGCGCUUGUGAAUAGACUUUGGAAGCGAAUGGACAAGCUAGAGGCUGAAAAACGUUCGCUGCAGAUAAGAUUGGAUCAACCAGUUUCCGAUCCCGCAAGUCCUAGGGACAUUAGUAAUGGUGACACAGCAUCUAAUCUCAGCAAUCACAUCCAGACCCUUCGUUCUGAGGUCGUCAAAUUAAGAAAUCAGUUGGCGGUGUCACAGAAUGAAAAUAAAGAGAAGAUGCAUCGGUUUGCUUUAGAAGAAAAACACAUUAGGGAAGAAAAUAUGCGUUUGCAAAGGAAACUCCAGCAAGAGGUGGAACGCCGCGAGGCGCUAUGUCGCCAUCUGUCCGAGAGCGAGUCUUCGCUGGAGAUGGAAGAAGAAAGGCAAUUUAAUGAAACUUUCGGUGCGCGGUCACGCAGCGUGUCGUCGCCGGGCGGGUCGCGCCCGCUGUCGCCAUACGCCUCCCCCCUGCUACCGAGCGGGGCCGGUUUGCGCCCGGGACUACACCUCAAUGCACAGGGUCGUCGUCCGAGCGACAGGUUCGUGAAGCCCGCGGUGCCGGCGGGCGCGCCGCUGCCGGGGCGGGAGGCGGGGGGGCCGGCGCCGCCCUCGCUACUCCAGCCCGCCAGUCCCAUGGACACCUCCUCGAAAGACUAAACGCGCCGUAUGAUGCGGGACCUCACGCGUCUACAAACGCGAAGAAACCACAAUCCUCCUCGAGCCUGAUUCCUACCGCGUUGUCCCGCCUCGCUUCGACCUCGAUUGAUAUUGAUCGCGAUGAACGUAAACUCAUUUGCUGACUUGUGACGUUUCGAACAGCGCUGCCCGUUUGAAGGCGCGAAUUUAAAUUGCUCACUGCCCGCGUCGAUCGCGAAUCCGCUAUAUAUUUACAUAUUUCUUUGAAAGUACAUAUACGUUGUUCGUUUAAACUUCUUCUUCUUAGUCGCGUUUCGAAUUUAUAAAUUUGUAUUGAAAUAUAAAUCGAAUAAAAAUAUGAAACGUCAAUUUCCCAUUUAUUAAUUCGCUUGGAGCUUUAUUAUUAUACCCUAUGAAUGACAAAAUUCUGAUUUCAGAAUAUAUGUAUAAUCCAUUUUUGUGUAAAAUUUGUCAAUUUUUAUGCGUUGGCCACGAUUGGUGAAAUUAUUCAAAAACGAUAAUUUGUAAUAAAAAAUACACGUGAUGAAGACUCCAUGGUCGCCUUUUUUUCAAUGGAAAUGUUGAUAAAUUAUUAGAACUGUUCGUAAUUUAUGAAAUACACUUAAUAAAUAAAAAUAAAGAGAUUUUACGGUAUUGCUUUCUAAAACAUGAUUGCUUCUGAGACACGUAGCUUAAUUAAGGUUAUAAGGCAGCUUAGAGUAUUUUGGGCGGAAAAAUUUAAAAUUACAUUAAAAUGUAAUUUAAUAUAUCAGUUUCUGUUUUAAAUUGUAAAUAAAAGACUAUCAUGUUAAUUAAAAUCCACCACUGAAUACUGAGGUAUUGGAGUAGUCUUCAUUAACUUUGACACAUUAUAACGGACAGUGUAGUAAAAAAAAUCGGUCAAAUAUAAAUUAAGUAGUGUUAAAUUGCAGACGAUGUAACAUACAACAUAAUAAAAAUGACCUGAAGCGCGAGAUCCAUGGUUCAGAUACAGGACAUACUCCGACAUGUAUUGUAAAUAUCCAUACUAAUCAAUGUAUAUAACGCGAAAGUGAGUUGGUUUGUUUGUUACGCUUUCACCUCUUAAGUACGCAACCAAUUAUCAUUACAUUCGGCAUAUGUGUAAGGUUACAGAAAAGGGCACAGUUAUCUAUCAUCUAGAAAAAAAAUAUUAAUGGAGACACGGGUAAAAGCUAGUAAUUAAAUAUUCAUGAUCUAAUAGUGAUAAUUGGAAUGAAGUUUCUUAAUUCAGCUUGCUCUUGGAGUUGAUAAAAAUCGUUACGUAAGAGAAAAACGUUACGGCCCGCCGUGUGACUUUCUGUCCCCUUCUAUCUCUAUCCCUUUCUAUUUUGCACUUGUUUGUGCUUGCUAGUAUCGAGGUCGGAGCAGACGAGCAUUAUGCACGGCCGAUUGUAUAUGUACCCUCAAUAUUAAAUUUGAUAUUUCGUUGUUGCAAAUUUAAAAUCUCUUAUGUGAAAUUUUGCGCCAAAAAUAAAUUAUCAUAUAAUUAUUGUGAAAGCUAUUCUUUGCUGAGUAUAGGUAAUACUCAGCAAAAACUUAAAUGUGCAUAUCACAAUAUUUCACUUUAUUACGCGUCAAUCUUAAAAAAACCCUAAGUGUUAGUUUGCAUUUUAUUGUAGAUCAAAGUAUUCUAAUAUAUGUGCUAAAAAUAUUGCAUUUUUUUUUCAGUAGGUAGUUUUAUUAGAUUUUCUCGAAAACUACAUUUAUACACAUAAGAGAUUUCAAAUUUGCAAACGACGAUUUGUUUUAUUUAAAUAUAAAUUCAGUACUGUAUGAAACAUUAUCAAUUAAUAUUUAACCUAAAAAAUAUUAUAUGUUUUUUUUUAUUAAGAAUACAUUAUGAUAAUAAAGAUUUUCGUUCCGGAAAAGGGUCUUCGAACUCCACCCUUUUAUUUAUUUAUUUAUUAACAUAAAUCGCCUGGACUUGCUAAGUUUUGUUCUUUUCAUUACAUACACAUUUUGGUUUUUCUAUAUUUGAACGAAAUGAAACAAAGUUGAUUAGUAUGAAAUUAAUUAUGGAAUGAGUGAGAUGGGAUGUUAUGAAAUAAACUCCCAGUAAAAUGAUUAAAAUACGAUGGACUCGUUUGAAGAACCCAAGAAGCCACAUUUUCCGGUUUGUUUCAUAUUAACUGCACUUAUGUAUUUUCAGAGAUAUUAAACGGUUAAUAAGACACAAAUAUUAAAUGAUAAAUAAUAAUAAAAAAAUAAAUUGGCAACAUAAUAUAAUUCACAGAACUUUGUUGGUUAGCUGGAUAGCCUUGAGGCUAUUUCAGCGUAACCUUAACUAGUAGGUGAGCUCACGGGGCUUAAAACUGACGACGUUGCUAACACGUGUUCCAGCGAAAAAAUCGUAUAAUAAAUGUUAUUUUUCUUCUAAUAUACUCGACUACUUUCGGCUACGGGGCGAGCCUCGUACACCUCGUAAUAAAUCGACAGUACCAAUAAUUUGCCAACAUUCCCAUUCCGUAGCGUAGUCCUAGAUAGUUUAGAUAAUUAUUAACAAAAUAUAUCCGGGCUUAAAGAAAUUGCGGCAGUGGGUUUUAUGUUAUAAGGCUGUGUAAUAAUAUAUCUUUGUGUUUACUAUUAAAGAUAUAAUAAUUUGUAAAACAUAAUUUAUAGGAAUGCUCUCGGUAUCUUGCAUAUUGAAAUUUUUUUUUUAAAAUGAAAACGGAAUGUGAUUGGAUUACGUUUCAAAAGCGUUCAACACAAUAUCUGAAGUAACGUUGUUAUCGAGAGCACACCAUCACGUUUGAGGUGAAUCCUACUCCUACACAACGAAAAUAUGAUUGAUAAAUAAAUAUUAUUGUUAUGUAUGUUAUAAUGUGCCCUCAAGGGAAUUGUUGUGUUCGAUGUUUACUUGUGGGAGUAGUGAAUUUUGUUCUCGAACUUAAUCAUGCAAAUAUUCACGUAACUUUUUUUUUCAUGUUAUAAUAAAAAAAUAAAUAAUGCGCAUAAAUAUUU